AUGGCGGCGGCCUGGGAGUCACUCUGCAAGGCAAAGGAGCGUCCUGCCCUGCGCCACUUAGAGCUACAGAACUUUAGAAAGUGCCGCAGUUUAGGAAACUUUAAGGAAACUUUACUCCCAGUUAUCACUUUACGCGUAACUCGGGUGAAGCAGGACGGGGCUGGUGAGGAGGAGCCGGGGCGAUGCAUCCCAACCCUUCUGCUUCCUUCCCGCAGGACCUGCCUGCACUGGGCCUGUAAGCGGAACCAUGCCCAAGUGGUGUCCUGCCUGCUGGAGGCUGGCGCUGACAAGCACAUCCUCACUGCUAAGGGAGAGCUGGCGGCACAGCUAACAUCGAAACCAGACAUCCGCAAGAUUUUGGGAGAGGAACAAACUGAAUGUCAAGGAGCGAAGGAUUUAAAUUUACCCAUUAUUGCGAACUACUCAGCCAAGCCACCAUUCCCUAACGUUUACAGCGAAGAAAGCAUUCCAGGCAGCUUGGCAGAAUCCCAGAAUGAAAGUGCUUCCAUCUCUUCUGCUUCCCAGAGUGAAACCAGCCCUUGUUCAUCAGCACCUCAGGCCGAAAGCAUCUGCACAGCCGUGUCCUGCAGCAGCGAUGAUGAGAGUAUCCCAGCAGCGAGCCCUGCAGCCACAGCUCCUGAGCCCCCCGUCGUCACAGCCUCAGCCUCAGCCUCUGCCAGCCCAGCACUGCCCCCCGGCCCCGCCUGCCCCCCGCCCCCCCCCCCCAGCUUGGGGCUCUGCUCCCCAGCAGUGUCCGGCCAGGCCCUGCCCCUGCAGCCCAACACCUCCCCCAGCAGCCCUGCCUCCGCCUUCCAGCCCUUCUUCACUGGAACAUUCCCCUACAACAUGCAAGAACUUGUGCUCAAGGUCAGAGUCCAGAACCUGAGAGACAAUGACUUCAUUGAGAUUGAACUGGACAGACAAGAAUUGACCUAUCAAGAUCUGCUCAGAGUGAGCUGCUGUGAACUGGGCAUUAAUCCAGAGCAAGUAGAGAAGAUCAGAAAACUACCCAAUACACUUGUAAGAAAGGACAAGGAUGUUGCCAGACUCCAGGAUUUCCAGGAGCUGGAGCUGGUCCUCAUGAGAAGUGACAGCUCUCCAUUCCGGAACGCUGCGGCCGUGCUGACGGAGCGGCCGUGCUACAACAGCAGAGCAUCCAAACUCACCUACUGACUCUGGGGGCUGCAGCUGCACUGGGAGCACCUGCCAGCAACACUGGUAGCCACCUCAGUGUGUCAGUAUUGUCAAGACAGGAAAGCUCUGUGUGGCUCAUACACCAGUUCCAAGGGGGUGGUGGUUUCUGCUGUGAGGAGAAGCACAGCAGCGUCCUCAUGGGAGAUCACAGCUGGAAGGAACACAGCAUGCUUUUAUGAGCCACUAAAUGGGAAACACACCACGAGCAAGUAACCUGUAACUUUACAUCAUGCACAGUCUACUGUCAUUAUGACAGAGCCUUGUUUUAGCCAGGUGAGUACUGAAAGCUGCCUCCAGGCACUUUCAACUUUAUUUUUUCCUCUUCGUUGUGAGGAGUGAAAAAACCACAACUCUGGUUAACCUACAGACUAUUUAAUGUGCAUUUAAGCAAGUCAGUAAUGAAAAAAUUCACCUGUGCAUUGAAGUACCUAAGUCAGAGCAUUGCUGGAGUAUAAACAGCCUAAAGCUUUUCCUGAUUAACAUGGCAGCCUGGAAAGUUACACUUUUGGAGGCUGUUUUCUUUUUUACCAAAAAAUAUGAUGCUGACCUUUGUACCAAAACCCUUAAUUGGUCCUGAGGUGGGUGAAAAAGUGAGGGACUUGCUUUUUCUGCACGAACUGCUUUUUCUCCCCUCUGUUCCCCCUCUUCCCCCCACCCCAAAGUGUAUUGAUUUUCCUUCCAGCUUUGCAUUAUGAGGCUGCACUAGAGCAGAGUUUCUGCAGAGCUGGUGCUGUGUUUGUGGUUGAUCUGGACUGCAAUGUUGACAGUCAAACUAUAAAUAGUACAGCACCAUAUUCAGGUAGAAGCAGCAUGGCUGCCACCCUCCCAAGUAUCCUGCACACCAAGACAAGACAGAAACCUCUUCUGCCAGCAGAGAUGCUUGGCUCUGGGCUCAGGAUUUCAGCAAAUUAUUUAGGCUUAAAAUUCUUGCUUACUGCAGUCAAAAUAAUUACCAUCCUUUCCCUCCAUGCUCCACACACAUCACCUCAACCCUGCUAAUUUCACAUUCUCGGUCCUGGUUUUUCUCCAGCCAGGAGCUGAGCUACUUUAAUACCAGAUUCAACACCUGGGAAGCUCAAGACUGUGACACAGUAUGAAGUAAAACUUCUUAACUAAGGUUCCUGCUUUGUUUUUCUUGUAGGACAGGAAAGAAGGUUUUAUUUUAACAAUUGUGUAUUUAUCUUUCCAGCAUAGCUUGGAGGCUAGCUCAGAUUAUGUGCAAUAACUGUCUGAAAAACAGUAGUAGCUAAAUGGCUCAAAAUUAAUACGAGUAUCUAAUUUCUUUACAGUUCUUUUAUUUGGGAAGUCAGUGUAAAGACUGUCUCCACUAAUUGCUGAGCAUUCUGCUAGAGAGCAGCUGAUUUAAAAAGCUUUAUUUCUCUAGUUUCUACCAAGAAUAACAGUUCAGGUGUUAAAUCUUAAACUCUACUUAUAAUCUGACUGUAAUAACAGUAAAUCUAUGCAUUCAGAGAAAUAUUUUUGUAUGUUUUAUGCAGUUUGAUAAACUCUAAGGCACACUAGUUAUGUUAACUGGUUUUUGUUGGGCUUUUUCCUUGAACAAUGAACUGUUGGAAUGCAAAUGAGAUUAAGUUUACAAAACUUACUGUUCUUCCAAGGACGACUUUUGUUUGCACUACAAACUUGUACUGAACUGACAUUGCUACUCUUCACUUAUA